UGACAGCUCCCCACAACUGCAAAAGGGAGCCUCUCGUCGAGAUUUCCUUGGAAAGAGGUUGGAAGAGUCUGGGUGGAGCUCUAGCAACGGAGACAAUGCGAUAAGAUAGAUUCAACAUCAAAAGGACUUCACUAGAAGAUGGAGACCGGCACUCCCGCGAAGAAAAGAAAGCUCAACGACUCCAAAUCUCCUGCAGCAGGUCGGAGCCUCGAAUACUUCUUUGGAAAGCAAAGGCAAAGUAAUACCACUCAGCCAUUGGUCGGCAUUGAAGACACGCCUCGGCGGGGUAGCGAAGGGGAAGAAUUGACGGAUGAGGAGCUGGCACGGAAAUUACAAGCAGAAUGGAACCAAGAGGACGUACAAGAGCCGCAGAAGGUUUCCAUGUCCUAUAUUACAGACCAGCAAUCACCACCAAUAAAUGGAGAGGCUUCGAGGAGCACAAGCCCGGAGAAGUUUGUUCCAACCUUCGAGGAUGAAGCUACUUCAGAAGCCAUACCUCGGCCGUUCUUAAUCCAACCAAAGAGCAAAAAUACCCUGUCACUACAAUCUGCUGGCUCUGCCGAAGAUAUAAUAUCCUCCAAUAUACCACUCGACGAGAGUCCUUUGACAUUUGAACCCUCGAAAUAUGCUGCGGAGCUACAAGGUCACUGGGCGACUGAGGGAGGCGAUGCAUCUUAUGCCAUAUUGGCGAGAUGCUUCGUUUUAGUCAAUAGCACACAGAGUCGGAUCAAGAUUGUAGAUACCUUGGUCAAUCUCCUCCGGGUGAUUAUUGAGGCCGAUCCAACGAGUCUCUUACCAACUGUUUGGUUGGCUACCAACGCUAUCAGUCCACCUUACAUAUCUUUGGAGCUCGGCUUAGGAGGUUCAGCUAUAUCCAAAGCUCUCAAAAAUGUUUGUGGCUUAGACAAUCGCUCCCUCAAAGCUCUUUACGACAGAGUUGGCGAUGCUGGCGAUGUCGCUUUUGAGGCCAAGAAAAAGCAGAGCUUCACUUUGCGAAAACCCAAACCUCUUUCUAUAAAGGGCGUGUAUUCAUCAUUGGUCAAGAUAGCCAAUACUCAAGGGGCAGGAAGUGGCGAGAUCAAGCAGAGAGUAGUUGAUCGACUAUUACAAGAUGCGAGAGGAGCAGAAGAAAGCAGAUACAUAGUUCGGACUCUCUGUCAGCAUCUUCGAAUAGGGGCGGUCAAAACUACUAUGUUGAUUGCAUUGUCUCGAGCAUUCCUUCUGUCACGACCGCCAGGUGCCGAGUUUCCCCUGAAGUCUCGAAAAAAAUUGGCUGCUCUCAAAAAAGAGGAGCUCGCCGAAAUUUGGUCAAAAUCCGAGGAGAUUGUAAAGAAAUGCUUCGCUCAAAGACCCAACUACAAUGACCUCAUCCCAAUACUUCUUGAAGUAGGAGUGUGUGAUGAGCUACUAAUCAGGUGUGGCCUUGCCUUACAUAUCCCUCUCCGCCCAAUGUUGGGCAGUAUCACUCGAGACCUCUCAGAAAUGCUCACAAAGCUUCAGGGCCGUGACUUCAGCUGCGAGUACAAAUACGAUGGACAGCGGGCCCAGGUGCAUUGUGACGACCAAGGGAAAGUCUCAAUAUUCUCUCGUCACCUUGAACUUAUGACAGAUAAAUAUCCAGACCUAGUGGCGUUGAUACCUAAGAUCAGAGGGGAGGGAGUCGGAAGCUUCAUCAUGGAAGGAGAAGUCGUUGCUGUCGAUCAGGUCUCUGGCGAGCUCAAAACAUUUCAGACUCUUGCCAAUCGACCUCGAAAGGACGUAGCAAUCGGGAGUGUCAAAGUGGAGGUCUGCCUCUUUGCAUUCGAUCUGAUGUAUCUCAAUGGUGCGCCGUUGCUUGAUAGAUCAUUUCGAGAGAGGCGUGAAUUGCUUCGAGGUCUCUUCACGGAAGUACCGAAUCAGUUCACUUGGGUCAAGAGCACUGAUGCCACGUCACAAGAUUCUGAGAUUGUUCUUGAGUUUUUCAAGAGCGCAACGGACGUCAAGUGUGAAGGCAUCAUGGUCAAAAUUCUGGAUAACCUCAAAGACGUCAAAGUGCCAGAUGAAACGGAAGAUUUAAGUGUUAUGGAGCCGCCUGCUCCCUCCAGGAUCAAAGAAGGCAUGAAGAAAGCUGGCAAGAAAGAAACAGAGAAGAAGACGCGACGGAAAGCUCUUCUCGCCACCUAUGAGCCAGACAAACGCCUAGAUUCGUGGCUGAAGGUCAAGAAAGAUUAUAGCACCAGUUUCGAUACCCUUGAUCUUAUCCCUAUUGCAGGCUGGCAUGGACAAGGCCGAAAAUCGAAAUGGUGGUCUCCAAUACUGCUUGCCGUGCGAAAUGAAGAGACAGGAUCAUUAGAAGCUGUCUGUAAAUGCAUUUCAGGAUUCACGGACACUUUCUAUAAGGCAAAUAAAGAAUAUUAUGAGCAAGGAGGUGAUCACGUCCUGUCUGGAAAGCCCUCCUACAUCGACUACGAAGGUGGAUAUCCGGAUUGUUGGUUUGAGCCUCAAGAGGUUUGGGAAAUGGCUUUCGCGGACAUCACCCUAAGUCCAACGUAUACUGCUGCUAUCGGCCUAGUGAGUGGUGAGCGCGGUCUCAGUCUAAGGUUCCCAAGGUUCCUGAGGAAGAGAGAUGAUAAGGGAAUUGAUGAGGCGAGCACGAGCGAGUUUCUGGCUGGAUUGUGGAGAAAGCAGGAGAAGGCCCCAACUGUUGGAAAAGAGACGCAAGAUGAAAGAGGAGAGGAUGAGGAUGAGGAUGAGGAAGCAUUGUAGUUGUGUGUAGUAUUGGUACCAUGGAACGAUCACUCCUCACGCAUUACCCUCACGGUGCUCCAGAUACUAUCUCCAACGUCAGUGAAUUUUGCGAGCUGUAGAAGUUUCUAUGGCAGUUCCGUUGGCGAAGACUCGGUGGACAAAACAUGGUCGUGAAAAUGAACUAUUUAACCACCAGCGCCAUGGGUAUUCGGAGCCAAAGAAAGAGGAUUAUCAUUGUUGGGAUGCCUAGGGCGAG